CGCCAUUGUCCACCUCACGACCAUUCGACACCCGCUGGUCUGCGACUGCGGCGUCUCUCAGUAUCUGCUUCCGCGUCAUCGUCGACCGAGUCGAGCAUAGUCGCUGCCGAGCAACCAUUGAAACGGAAGACAGCGUAAAGAGCAGGCGCAAGCAUGGCGAAAGGCGAGGAUGCCGACCCUCGCAUGAUGAGGAUUACACCUCGCAUCAGAUAUAAUACCAUCGGAGGUGUCAAUGGUCCGCUGGUCAUUCUGGAGAAUGUCAAGUUCCCACGAUUCAACGAGAUUGUCUCUUUGACCCUUCCAGAUGGCACAGAGCGAUCAGGCCAAGUCUUGGAAGCAAGAGGCAAUCGUGCUGUUGUCCAAGUCUUUGAAGGAACAUCAGGAAUUGACGUGAAGAAGACGAAAGUCGAAUUCACCGGCCACAGUCUCAAGCUUGGAGUCUCCGAGGACAUGUUGGGCCGUAUCUUUGAUGGUUCUGGACGAGCCAUUGACAAAGGACCUAAGGUGCUGGCCGAGGAUUACCUGGACAUUAACGGAUCGCCAAUCAACCCUUACUCGCGUGUGUAUCCCGAGGAGAUGAUCUCGACGGGAAUUUCAGCCAUCGAUACCAUGAACUCGAUCGCGCGUGGACAGAAGAUCCCGAUCUUUUCUGCCUCCGGUCUUCCACACAACGAGAUCGCCGCGCAGAUUUGCAGACAAGCAGGCCUCGUCCAGCAGAACAACGGCGUGACAAAGGGCGUGCACGACGGCCACAAAGACAACUUCUCUAUCGUCUUCGGAGCCAUGGGUGUCAACUUGGAUACGGCACGAUUCUUCACCAAGGACUUCGAAGAGAAUGGCAGUAUGGAACGUGUCACUCUUUUCUUGAACUUGGCCAACGAUCCGACUAUUGAGCGCAUCAUCACUCCUCGUCUUGCUCUUACAACCGCCGAAUACUAUGCUUAUCAAUUGGAGAAGCACGUCCUUGUCAUCCUGACAGAUCUGUCGUCGUAUUGCGAUGCCCUGCGCGAAGUGUCGGCAGCAAGAGAAGAAGUGCCAGGUCGACGUGGUUACCCGGGUUACAUGUACACUGACUUGUCCACGAUCUACGAGCGUGCCGGCCGUGUCCAAGGACGCAGCGGCUCCAUCACACAGAUCCCGAUCUUGACCAUGCCUAACGAUGAUAUCACCCAUCCUAUUCCCGACCUGACUGGCUACAUCACGGAAGGACAAAUCUUCGUCGACCGGCAGCUCGACAACAAGGGUAUCUACCCACCGAUCAACGUCCUUCCAUCGCUCUCCCGUCUCAUGAAGUCUGCCAUCGGCGAAGGCCACACUCGCAAGGACCACUCCGAUGUAUCCAACCAGCUCUACGCCAAGUACGCCAUUGGUCGUGACGCGGCAUCUAUGAAGGCUGUCGUGGGCGAGGAAGCUCUGUCAAACGAAGAUAAACUUUCGCUUGAAUUCUUGGAAAAGUUCGAAAAGACAUACAUCGCGCAGGGAGCUUACGAGAAGCGAUCCAUUUUCGACGGUCUGGAUCAGGCUUGGGAGCUGCUCAGAAUUUAUCCCAAGGAGCUUCUGAACCGUAUUCCCAAGAAGGUCUUGGAUCAGUACUACCAGAGGCAGAGCAAGAAGGGCUCGAAAGACACGCAGGACAACUCAAACGAGAACGGAGAGCAAGGGCAGCAGCAGAAUGGAGAGAGCGAGAACCUGAUUGACGCAUAGAUUGGCGCAGAAUAGUGAUUUGAGUAGCAACGAGCUUGCAUGUAUCAAUGGGUGAAGCCACGUCAACCGUGUUCGGAGUGAUUGAUUGUGCUGGUGGCUGUCGCUUCACAGCGUGUGAAGCGUGAGUUCAUGGUGAUCACAGCAGUCUUCUCCUUCCCAUGCGGAGUCAAUGCACGAGAAG